CUCAGUUGUCAUGUCAGAGUUCAUCAGGGAGUGAUCAACUUCCCUGCCUCUUCUGAUCACAACCGACCGACCGUCCGUCCCCGGAUCGACGCACAAGACGCAUCCCAACAUUUCCAACCGCUCCAAAUCGAGUCGACGCUCGAAACAUCGACAAUGGCGACAAACCGAGUCCCAGGAAGAUACGUCGACGGCAGACCACCACACGACAAACAGAGAGACCCGCGUACGCGUACAGGACAAAGCCACGGCAGCCGAACGCCAUCAAGCAGUUCAGGCGUGCUGAUGGUGGGCCCCAACUUCAGGGUCGGCAAGAAAAUCGGAUGCGGAAAUUUCGGAGAGCUGCGACUAGGCAAGAACCUCUACAACAAUGAGCACGUGGCUGUGAAGUUGGAGCCGAUGAAGUCGCGCGCUCCGCAGUUGCACUUGGAGUACAGAUUUUAUAAGGCGCUCGGAUCGAAUGUCGGUGUGCCGCAAGUGCAUUAUUUUGGACCGUGCGGGAAGUAUAAUGCGAUGGUGUUGGAGCUGCUCGGACCGAGUUUGGAGGAUUUGUUUGACGUUUGUAAUAGAACGUUCUCACUGAAGACGGUCGUAUUGAUUGCCUUACAGUUGUUACGACGGAUAGAGUAUGUUCAUGCCAAGCAUCUAAUCUAUCGUGAUGUGAAGCCAGAGAACUUUCUGGUUGGGCGACCGAACAGUCGGAAUCAGAAUAUCAUUCACAUUAUAGAUUUUGGUCUGGCGAAAGAGUACAUUGACCCUGACACCCAUAAACACAUUCCUUACAGAGAACACAAGAGUCUAACGGGAACGGCUCGGUAUAUGAGCAUCAAUACACAUUUAGGGAAAGAGCAAAGUAGACGAGAUGAUUUGGAAGCCUUGGGUCAUAUGUUUAUGUACUUUUUGAGAGGAAGCUUGCCGUGGCAAGGACUCAAGGCGGAAACUCUAAAAGAAAGAUAUCAGAAAAUUGGAGAUACUAAACGGGCAACACCUAUUGAAGUGUUAUGUGAGCAUCAUCCAGAGGAAUUUGCUACAUAUCUUCGUUACGUUCGGCGGCUCGACUUUUUCGAAACUCCAGAUUAUAGAUAUCUUUGCAAGCUUUUUCAGGAUUUAUAUGACCGGAAGGGAUUUGCAGACGAUGGCGAAUUUGACUGGAAUGGAAGAGAAACUAAAACACCAGUCGGGUCGUUAUCUCACGAAACGGGAAUGCAUCGAGAUAUAGUUCGACCGCCGGUUUCAUCCGUUCCGAAGAAUGUCAAAUUUCAACACGGACAGAAGGAAGCGUGGGAUGACCCGAAUACUAAUCCACAUCAAUUGGACGUUCCUGUUUCUCGAAAUCCUGCUACACGCGGGGCUGGAUCAACUCAGGUUCUCAAUUCGACGAACGGCGAACUGGAUGAUAAUGUUCAGACUCCAAAUCAAGUCGAGGAGGGAGAAAAUCAACCACCGGUAGUAGACUAUACAGACGAACGAACGGCAAAAUGUUGCUGUUUUACUCCAAAGAAGCGAAAGAAGGCUGAAAUUAGCAAAUGAUAAAGACAUGUGUAGUUAGUUUCGCCUUGGGUCGGUAUAGACGUAUUUUGAAAUGUACUGCCCUCCCAGUUGACUUAGUUUACUAGCAAGAUACGUGCACAGGCCUUGAUAAGUAACUGAGUGGCAGUCGUGGGGAACAGUGUAAACUAGAUGAAAUGGCCAUGUUGUCUUAAUGGCUUUAUUGUCCACGUCACUGGCUGUUUAAUAACUGUAGUUUUCAUGUUAUUGGUACAUAUUUUGACUUGAA